AUGAAGCAAAAAUUUAUAACACUGUUACUUAUAAUAUCUUCAUUAUCACUGGGCAACGCCCUAGAGUGUUAUGUUUGUGAUAAUCAAGAGGGUAAUAAAGAAAAAUGUUUAAACUCAAUAAGAAACUGCGAGCACGAGGAAGAUUCUUGUUAUACUGAAGUCAGAUGGGGAAGCUUGCCUUACUGGUCCGAGGGUGCUCCAAAACAAUAUUACAUCUCUAAACGAUGUAUGCCACAUAAAAAAUGUUUGGAACAAAAACAAAAAAAUAUGAAAGAUUGUACUUAUGUGUGGUACCAAGAUUGGAAGUGCUCCGAUUGCUGUAGAGGAGAUCGUUGUAAUUACUUUAUUUUUUCAUCAGCAAAAAGUCACAGCAUCUCUAUAAGUUGUCUGCUAACGACAGUGCUAUCAGGACUUUAUGGAGUUUUAAAAUAA